UCCGCAUAGCAAAACGUGCGCGCGUGCUAUUCAAAAGUACCGGAUUUUCUCCGAUAAAUUUAACACAUUUCGGUGAAUAUGGCCAACAAACAGCACCAUCACAAGGGUGGGAAGGGCGGCCGGAAUAAGGGAGGGGCUCGCUUCCUUUCAGCAGGGAUGAAGAAACAGCGCCGCAAGGAUCGAUCCCAGAAGGCACCGGUUUCCCGCUUCCGCAAGAACUUGAAACAUAUCGAACGGGCCCAGGAAGCACGAGAAGCUCUCAAGCGGCAGCAGGAUGCCGAACGACGUUACAAACACAAAAUGAAUGGACCUGGAGGAAAUGGAGCGAUUGAUGAUGCUGAUCAAGGUUUGUCCUCGGAAGCGAGUGAGGCUGAGGACGAUUUCGAAACAUUAGUCAAAACAAUGACCAGUAACCGGAAGGGUGGAACCAAGCGGGAGGAAGCCAUUGAGAGUGACGAAAGUGAGGAAGAGGAAGAGGAUGAUGAUGAUGAAGAUGAAGAUGAAGAAGAGUUAGAAGGAGAUGAAUUAAUCAACGACGAAAGCAAUCAGAAAGCAGAUUCAGAGGAAGACCAACAAAUGGAAGAGGAUUCUGAUAAAGCUUCAGAUGAGGACCAGCGAUCUGAAGACGAACUUAAUGUUUCUGAUGAAGAUGAAAAACUAUUAGAAGAGGAAAUGGAGCUGGAUAGUUCCGAACAAGAUCCUUUUAUGGUUCACUUAAACAAUAAUAUAAGUCCUCAAAUGUUAGAAGCACUUUCUGCUAAACCACCGAUCAUACAAAAGUCAUCAGCCAAGUUUAAGAAACUUGGGCAGCUUGUCAUUGAAAUUCCCAAAGAUGGAAGCAAAACAAGCCAGAAGUCGACUCUUCUGGGUGAUGAAGAAACCUUUGCCUCGGAAGGAACGAUUCCUGAAUCAAUCGAUGCAGACAAAUUUGACCUGAAUAAGGUUCGUUUAAAGGAGAAGCUUCUAAAGCGUCUGGAUGGAAAAACAUUGAAUCAAUUGCAAGUGGAUUGCUACACCGUAUUGAAUAACUACCAGGACCUGUACUAUCCGGAAAGAUCUUUAACAAACGGUGAAGAUCUGCGGUUCGUUUACAGCUUGCAUGCACUGAAUCACAUUGUCAAGUCUACCACUAAAAUUUUGCACCACAAUCUAAAACUGGCUGAAGCAACCAGCAAGAAGAAACAAAAGAAAAAGACUAAAAAAGCGAUUAGCUCAGUUCUGGAGUAUCGAGAUCAAGGAUUGGUUCGGCCGAAGGUUCUGAUUGUGGUACCUUUCAGGAGUGCUGCCUUGAAAAUUGUAGAAAAUAUGAAACAAAUUUUCGCUGGAGACAACCCUAAAGUGGUCACCAACUGGAAGCGAUUCGAGUCGGAAUACGGGGGAGAAACUUUAUACUUUCCGAAGCACAAUCCAAAGCCUGAAGAGUACGAGAAAAUCUUUGCUGGUAAUACAGACGAUAACUUUCGGAUAGGAAUUUCGUUUGGUAAAAGCUCGAUGAAGUUGUACACCAAGUACUACAAUUCCGACUUGAUUCUUGCAUCUCCGCUGGGACUGCGAAUGACCAUUGGAGCUGAGGGUGAGGCACAUCGCGAUUAUGAUUUCCUUGCAUCGAUAGAAAUGUUGAUUUUAGAUCAGGCCGAGAUCUGCAUGAGCCAAAAUUGGGAUCACGUGAUUCAUCUGAUGGAUCACCUGCAUCUGCAGCCUCAAUCAACGGAACAUACGGACUUCUCGCGAGUCCGAUACUGGUGCCUUAAUGGGUGGUCACGUUUUUAUCGUCAGACCAUUCUACUAUCUUCGACUGAUCUUCCCGAAUUCCGAUCAAUUUUCAACAACAAAUGCGCCAACUAUCGGGGAAAAAUUCGUUCAGCUAAUCCCAUUAAAACCGGAACCAUAAGGCACGUGGUCGUUCAAGUCCCUCAAACUUUCCACCGUAUCGAAGUGACUUCCCUCGAACAAUCAUUCGACGCAAAGUUUCACCAUUUUACCACAGUUCUAUUACCGCAACUUCGUUCGGUUACGAUGGCCCGGACCCUUGUUUUUAUUCCCUCGUACUUCGAUUACGUCCGACUGCGGAAUUACUUUAAAAAAGAGGAACUCAACUUCGUACAAAUUUGCGAGUACACCAAGGAUGCCAAAAUUGCCCGUGCCCGGGACAUGUUCUUCCACGGAAGCAGCCACUUUAUGCUUUACUCGGAGCGAUCGCACUUUUUCCGGCGACCACGCAUCAAGGGCGUUCGUCAUUUGGUGUUCUAUCAGUUGCCAGCCCACCCACAGUUUUACUCGGAAAUGAUAAAUUUGAUGGCGGCCGAGUAUCAAAAUAAGAAGGAUGGAAUCGAUGCCAGUACAAUGACGGUGACGGUCCUAUGGACUAAGUAUGACGUUCUACGACUGUCUGCGAUUAUCGGUUCCGAACAGGCAGCCAAGAUUGCCGGAAGCGUCAAAGCGGCACACACCUUUACAACGCAAAAAUAGAUAUUUUUAGAGCUAUUAAAGUUUUUAUAUUUCAACCAA